AUGCGAGAAAAUGCUAAUAUCCCGUCCUUCAUUCCUCUUGACACAGAUAUCAUCAGAGCUGGAUCCCAUCCCUACAGCAGAUUUUUUUAUUAUUAUUUCUUUCUAAAUAAUAUUAUAUACCUCCUACCUACCUACUUCUCAUUUUAUCCACGUUCAGGUGUCUGCGAAAACAUCGCUCAUGGUGGUAUAACUCGAGGUGCAAGACGUAUCUGCGCCAAGUUAGAGGAAUUGCAUCUGAUCGAGCUUGCGCAAAAAUUGCGGCCAGACUACCCAAUCGUGGUGACAGGCCAUAGUUUGGGCGCCGGUAUCGCCACUAUUCUCUCAAUCUUGCUGCGUUCCAAGUAUCCGAAUCUAACCUGCUUGGCCUUUAGCCCCCCUCUUUCUUUAGUCAAGUAA